AUGGCUCGCAAGGUCGGUCAUUUUCCUCUCAUAGCGUACAUCCAGGUUCUUGCCAUCACUCUCACAUCUGCUGCCUCUGCUAUACUGGAUAUUCGGUCCACUGGGCACGCUGAGCUUGCGCGAGCGACCUUACCCCAUACUGGCGACAUACCUGCAGACCAAAACUCGGGCAACAGCUCGUCUACAGACGAUUCUCCUGCAUUUGUUUAUUCAGUCUCUUUCGCCGUCAUCUUGUCCACGAUUCUUUUGAUCUGUGCCUUUAUCUUAGCGGUUCAACUCAGAAGACGUCGGCUGAAACGUAGAAUGGCUGCCAACUUUGACUCCGAUUUCUGCCAGGAGAAGUCGGAGAAGAUCCUGCGUACGCAGCACUUGCAUCGAUUUACAUUCAUGGAUCUGCCUUAUCAUUCUUCUCAUUAUACGAACUCCUAUCGUGUGUCUACUCAAUUUGCUGCUCGCUCCUCUCGUCCCACCUCUCGAGAGUCCCCUUCGCGCCAUUCAAAUUUGGCUGUCGUAUCUUUUCCGAUCGCUGAGACUGUACCCCAACCACCCGACCCUUCGCCCAUCGACGAGAACCAACAUCGCGAUGAGAGUGUCAAUAUUCAGCCUAGUCCUCCCCUCUCGCCUCGCGAAUACGAAUGGCAGCUGUCUCAAAAUGUGCCACACGUUCCCCCAGACGAUCCCACAACGACGAAUGUGUCUAUCAGCAUUGGCUCCUUGGCGCUCCUGCAGAACUCGCCACUCGCUAAUUUAGGGUCUUUCCUUGUCAAAGCUUUGGAUACACCGAUCUUAAUGGACGACGGGACCGGAGUUAUGCCUACGACUCCCUCGGGGUGCCUACGUGAACAAGAGCCCCCGAAAUUACAGGAGUUGCAGUUUCAGGGCUGCUCUCCGGAAGAAGCAGAUCUUGCGAACGUCGAAAACCUAGUAAUGCAUAUAUCCGCUCUUUUAAUUCUCUUCACUGCUGCCGCUAGUUGCGUGCACGCUUCUGAUCGUCAAACCAAUGGCGAGAUCAUCCGGGCGCAAGGAAAAUACCUUCGACUAAACCGCCGCGCAAAGUCGAACCACGGCCGAUGCGCUCAGGCCGAUGCGAGGUUCAAGGUCGAGAAUUUGCCUUCAAGUAUUUUGUCCACAGAAAGUAACCUGGCCGCUGCUAGCAUCAAGACAGUGUCAGGUCUGAUCGACGUGAAGUCAUCAUGUGGUCCCACUGGAGCUACAUGGAACGUUACUGCAACCAGCGGUCCUAAUGGGAGCAUAGACUGGCUCAACUGCGGGGUCGAAGACAGUGGCUGGCGACCGCCUUUUGUCCGGGUGGUGGAUCUCAUCGCUAAAAAUUUGACAGAAGCCCUACAGGAUGCCAGGAGCCCGUUCAAGGCAUGUAGAGCGUACCUCACGCUAUUCGAGCGGUACGCCACUGAGUUCGGCCUUCCUCCUAUCCUGAUCGCGGCAAUUGCAAUGCAAGAGAGCUCCUGUAAUCCAGUGACUAUUGGAGGUGGUGGCGAGCAAGGCCUUAUGCAGCUGACGCACGAUAAAUGUGGUGGCGCGCCAAAUGGGAAUUGCAGAGAUCCGCGUGCGAUUGAAAAGGCGUAUAACAUUCGCAUGGGCGCCAAGUAUCUCAGCACGACUCUGAAGCGCAAUGGCGGUAGUUUCCUGCUAACACUAGGAAACUACAAUGGCUGGCCGAAGGGUCUGACUUUCGUGAGUAAUGACUUUGUCGUCGAUAUCAGGAGGUCGCGCAGGCUGAAUGUUCGCGACUCGACUAGAGUCAAGCCACUGCUGCAGCACAUAGUGCUUGUUGUCGCUGCCAGAACAACUUGGAUUAUGAAUGGUUGGCUGCAGAAUAUUAAUCCUUAUGACAGUGAGCCACAUCUUGGAAAGUAUUUCAACCUUGAUCUCUGCAAGGCUUAA